GCAAUGCGUUGUGGCUAGACGGAGAGAACGUUGUCGCAAUCUUAGGCCAUCUCUAGUAAGCCACGUUUAAUGCUUGGCUCGUGCCCUCUACUCAAGCUCCUUUUAACAUACAGGUGCGAGCUCGGGGAUCAACAUUAACAAUGACUAAAUGAAGAUGAUCAGAGAGUUCCAUGGACUGUCCAGGAUACUGAAUAAUGACGCAACGGGUCACCUUUGUACCAGGCAUGGUGAAGAUUUAAGGUGCAGGUGCAGAUGGCAGUCUCUCAGAUCACUCCCAACUUGUAUCUCAGUGGCAUAGAUGCUGCGUUGAACCACGCAGCCAUCACCAGCCGGCACAUCACUCUCAUUGUGAAUGCCACUGAGGAACACAUAAUCCCUAAUUACACUGGCGUAGAAUGCAUACGUGUGCCCGUCCUCGACCAACCCCAUGCAUCAUUGUCAGAGCACUUUGACCCAGUGGCGGACCGCAUCCAUGACAACAAGACUGGCAGCACUCUGGUGCACUGCACCGCUGGCAGGAGUCGAUCAGCUUCUCUCGUCAUGGGGUACCUGAUGAAGUUCAAAGGAGCCACGCUUCUCCAGGCUCACCACUGGGUUCUGGAGGCCAGACCGUUCAUUCGACCCAACGCUGGGUUCUGGCGACAGCUCCUGGAGUACGAGCGGACACUUCAUGGGAAGAACUCUGUCAGGAUGGUAGCCACAUCCCUUGGGGUUUUACCAGAGGCCAUAGAUGUGAAUGGAGGAUCAGAGUAUUGUCUGAAUGUGUGACUUGAACUAAACCCUUUUUAAAAAAAAAAAAAAAUAUUAAACCA